GAAAUGAAUAAUUUUCAGAUCGAUCAUCUGUCAUCACAUCAUCAGUCUGCUCAAUUGACAAGUCGCAAGUCAACUACGAUUUGCAUAUUUUACUUUUUGAUAUUUUAUUUAAAUUUUUGAUUAUCUUAAGGGUACAUUUCCGUGAGUAGUGUAAUCGUUUUAAACGACUUGCAGCGAUACACUCGCCUGCUUUAUAUAGUUUAGAUAGAGAUUUCAUCAACGAAUUGUGAAUUAUUGUCCAGUUGUUGAUUUGCAAAAUAUGACUUCAUACCGUCGAAUCUUGAAUGAUUGAAUUACCAGAUGCAGUGGUGAAGUCGUUGUUCAAGAACAAAAUGAGUGACUUUGAAGACCUCCCUGAUAUUGAUUAUGAGUGCAACACAAAAAACAUUGUUAUGGAAUUGGAAAGUGACGAAUCGGAUAUUGAAGUUGUUUGGGAAGGAAACAAUAGCCAGACAGAUAUUAUCAUGGGCAAAAAUCCAUCUACCACUGAAGAGGUAAAGAUGUACUUGCCCGGCUCGAGUUCUUCAGUACCCAGCAAUAGCAGGUCUAUUAAGGCCACCAAAUCAUUAAAUCCUCCACCUCUUCUCAUAUCUGACUCUGAUCCAGAGGAGGAAUGUAUUCAAGUAAUGCUUCCGAAAAAGAAACGCAAGCCAAAAAUCUUGCUAACAAAAGACGCAGAGAAGAAGCGCCUCGAAAAGGAUAAAGAACGGGAAAUGAAACGCUUGGAGAAAGAAAAAAGGCAAGAGGAAGAACGGAGAAAAGCAGAAAUGCGCCAAACUACCAAAGAAGUGCAAAAAUCUACCAAACCGGGUGGAUCAUGUAUGACCAUAAUAUUGGAUUUCGAAAUAUCGCAAAAAUUUGAUGCUCUUGUUCCUUUGCUGGUCUCUGCCGACGUCAAAUACGAAAUUUUAUCUGACCCUGUUAUCGAUAAUUCUAUACUUUUUAAGAGGAACCUGAUUCGGCAAACAAUGGGGGAUGAUCUAAAGAUUAAGGUGAUUUCAUCAUUUGUGGAUGAAGAUCAAAUUAUCAUUUUGCUGGACUCGGAAAAAGUAAUUCCCAUGGUUCAUGCUCAGUUGAGGAAUCAGUCUACGUCUGGUAGCAAGGAUAACGAAGAAAACAGCUUGGAUCUUACUACGUGGGUUGAAUCAAUCAAAGCCGUUCUACUUGGGAAACAUCUAACCCUGUUUUUGAUGGACAUGGAAAAAUAUUUCAGGAAAAUCAAGAAAACUACACAAAAGGAAUUUAGAACUCGUGUUCUCGACACUGAUAAUAAUCCAGUACCAAACAAACGAAAGCAGAAACAGAAUUUACCAUAUAUUAGUCAAGCAGAGUUAUAUGGUACACUAAUUGAAAUGCAAUUGCAAACUGGAGUAAAUUAUCGGUUAGUAAAAAAUGUUAACGAGCUUGGAUCGACGUUAGUCAACUUCGUAAAAGCAAUAGCGGACGCCCCUCACAAAAAACAAGAGAUAGAAACAGAUGGGUCGGAUUUAAUGGAAUUCUUUGAUGUUUCUGGGAGUAUCAAGGUGGAAAAGGAUGGGACGGGUCUAAAACAACUUUGGGUUGACCAGUUGCAACAAUUCAGCACUGUGGGUUCAGAUGUCGCCCAGGCUAUUUCGAAGCGAUUUCCUUCGCCCAUGGCACUCCUCAAAGCCUAUAAUUCUUGUGACAACCAAGAACAAGGCGAAUCACUGCUGACUGAAUUGCCUGUCAUCACAGGAGUGGGCCCAUUAGAGAGAAUAAGGAAGGUUGGAUCUGAAAAUAGCAAAAUUUUGUACCGGUUUUUCACGUCAACCAAUGGGAGCAGGCUUUUGGGUUCUGCGUUCGACACAUGAUAAUUACAAUUUUGUUACUUGAUAAACUAAAAAUAAACUCGAAUGUUUUGAAAUUUUGAAAUUGA